GAGAAAGGUUGUGUCUCAGGUUGUCAGAUAUGUGUUUUUUUUUUUGGGAGGGGGGCGUCGUGACAAAACAAGGCGCUGCUUAUAUUAGCUCAGAGCGACGUAGCCAGCUAAAGCUAUCAAUCAAUCGAUGUGAUCGUGAGUCUCUGACCGAGCUCCGAGGUGAUUGGUUCUCGAGGCUGUCCGUCAAGAGGCUCGCGCGUGUCUUUGAGGCUGCUGGAGAAAAGAGGAGGGUCUUCCAGCGAGGCUUUUUAUUUAUUUCUUUGUGUCCAGUCGCGUAAAAAAAUAAUAAUAACAGCGAUAGCUAGCUAGCUAACCCUAGCUAGCUAUAUUAUUUUUGGCAGACUUCAAUGUUGUUCCACUGGACCGAGACGAAAAACUGGACCAUAUUACGCUAGGUAUUAAAACGCCGAGGCGAAGGGAAGGAGGAUGAAGCGGCGCAAUGCGGACUGCAGCAAACUCCGGCGGCCGUUAAAACGGAACCGAAUCACCGAGGGCAUAUACGGCAGCACCUUCCUGUACCUGAAGUUCCUGGUGGUUUGGGCGCUGGUGCUGUUGGCCGACUUUGUGCUGGAGUUCCGGUUCGAGUACCUCUGGCCCUUUUGGCUCUUCAUCCGGAGUGUGUAUGACUCCUUCAGAUAUCAGGGCCUGGCUUUCUCAGUGUUCUUUGUGUGUGUGGCAUUUACAUCUGACAUCAUAUGCCUGCUCUUCAUCCCCGUGCAGUGGCUGUUCUUCGCUGCCAGCACGUAUGUGUGGGUGCAGUAUGUCUGGCACACAGAAAGAGGAGUCUGCCUCCCCACCGUGUCCCUGUGGAUCCUCUUUGUUUAUAUCGAGGCAGCGAUACGAUUCAAAGAUCUGAAGGACUUCCACGUGGAUCUGUGUCGUCCCUUCGCAGCACACUGUAUCGGAUACCCGGUGGUGACGCUGGGCUUCGGCUUUAAGAGCUACGUGAGCUACAAGAUGCGUCUGCGCAAACAGAAGGAGGUGCAGAAGGAGAACGAGUUCUACAUGCAGCUCCUCCAGCAGGCCCUGCCACCAGAGCAGCAAAUGUUGCAGAAACAAGAAAGAGAAGCAGAGGAAGCAGCAGCGAAAAGUGCACACGACGCCGACUCGCCCCCCGCAGCUCAGAACGGCUCCGCCGGUGGCAAGAAGCCCACCUCGAAUACUUUACCAGAGCUGGAGUACCGCGAGAAAGAGCGAGGCAAGGGCGAGUCUAAGAAACAGCAUAAUCAGAACCAGAACCAUCACAGCAGCAUCCUGCCUGUAGUGGACUAUAAUAAAGCACAAGAGCUGGAGUACAUGGAGAAUAAUGUGAACAACAAGAGACUGAGCAGCUCCGAGCUGCUGGGCAGCACCGAGAACCUGCUUCUGAAGGAGGACAACUCUUCAUCGUCGUGCUCGUCCUCUUCCUCAAAUUCCACCUCCUCAAAAAAUCACAAAAACACCAGCGGAGGCAGUGGGGUUGGGGGUAACUCUUCGCCCCGCGGCCACGGGACGGCCAACGGCAGUGUGCCCUCCUUGACAGGACCUUCUUCAGCGGGGAAGGGCGAGAAGAAGCAGAAGUGCGGCGGGAAAGGGGGACACCGAGAUCCCACAGAUAACUGCAUCCCGAAUAACCAGCUCGGCAAGCCUGAAGCACUGGUCAGGUUGGAGCAGGAUGUGAAGAAGCUGAAGGCUGAGCUGCAGGCGAGCAGGCAGACCGAGCAGGAGCUGCGCAGCCAGCUGGGCUCUCUGGGCACGUCAGAACGCAGCGUCCGUUCUGAACUCAGCCAGCUCCGCCAGGACAACGAGCUGCUGCAGAACAAGCUCCAUAACGCCGUUCAAGCAAAACAAAAGGAUAAGCAGACGCUGGGGCAGCUGGAGAAGCGUCUGAAGGCUGAGCAGGAGGCGCGAGCAGCUGCAGAGAGGCAGCUGGCAGAGGAGAAGAAACGUAAGAAGCUGGAGGAAGCCACAGCGGCCAAAGCUGUAGCCCUCGCAGCUGCAUCCAGAGGCGAGUGCACAGAGUCUCUAAGAAGGAGGAUCUCCGAGCUGGAGACGGAGUGUAAGAAACUCGCACUGGACAUUAAGGUCAAAGAGGACUUGAUCCGCGAGCUUGAGCUCAAAGUCCAGGAGCUGCAUAAAUAUAAAGAGAAUGAGAAGGACACGGAGGUGUUGAUGUCUGCGCUGUCAGCCAUGCAGGAUAAGACCCAGCACUUGGAGAACAGCUUGAGUGCAGAGACCAGAAUCAAACUGGACCUCUUCUCUGCCCUUGGAGACGCCAAGCGACAGCUGGAGAUCGCACAAGGUCAGAUCCUGCAGAAAGAUCAGGAGAUCAAAGAUCUGAAACAGAAGAUAGCUGAGGUGAUGGCAGUCAUGCCCAGCAUCACUUACUCAACAGAUACCAGCAACAUGAACCCAGUCACCCCUCACUACUCCUCCAAGUUCAUGGACACCAGUCCGUCUGGCCUGGACCCCAACGCAUCCGUCUACCAGCCCCUGAAAAAAUGAGUGCCUGCGCCAGCUCACCAUACCAUCAUCCAUCCAUCCAUCCAUCUACCACCUCUCUCUCUCUCUCUCUUGUCCCCUCCUUCCCCCACAGGCCUAGACCUGGCCCCCUUAAGAAUGUUUGGGGACUUUUUUUUUUUUUUGGUUUUCUCUCCUUCUCUUCUACUGCUAUUUCUCGCCUGGUCAGAAGGAUGUCGUAUUGUGUGACUGUAUUUGUUGUAGUAAAAAAAAAAAAAAAAAAAGACAAAAAAACGUUUAAGGGACAUCACCCGCCGAGUAGGAAUCUGCUGUUGUUGGAUUUUUUUUUUUCCCCCCUUGUAAAUGUCUAGAAACCUCACAGAUGUUGGUGUGCAUUUUUUUUUUUUUAUUUUUUUGGUCUUUUUAGUGCAAAAAAGGCUCACACUUUACUUUUCCUGUACAUUAUUAUUGGCCUUAAACUUUUUUUGUGUGUGUGAAAGGAGGGGGCAAAGUCUCAGAUUUACAGCUUUAGAUCUUUAUUCGUUUUUUUUUGUUUGUUUUGUUUUUUCCAGAAAAAAAAGAUGAUUUAAAAUGAACUCCCAAAUUAUUUCUCACUCCGAUUACAUCACUGCCCAUUUAAUAAUGUUCAAAACGUAUAGUUAGAUUGGAGUAUGUUGGGGGGGUGGUCUAACUCACCAAAAUUUCAGUAAGCGCCCAGUCAUUAGAUACCCCAGUGCCUUUAGACUGGAUCACAUUGGUGAAUCUGAAAGAUUUUGUCCCCUGCUAUUUGCCUCCCCCCCCCCCCCCCCCUUUUUUUUUUUUAAUCAAACAAAUGUGGCACCAUCAUCCCGACAGCACCAUCUCUCCAACUGUGAAUUCAGAUUCGGCUUGGAAAUCUUGUUUACGCCUGUUUAUUUGGCCUGUGUUGCACUGUUGGUUAACCAACACUUGAAGAGUAGUUUAGAAAGGGGGGGGUGGGAGAUGUGGAUAUUCUGCAUCAUACAUGGCGAGCCUGAGCAUGUUCCAGAUUAUUCCAGAUUAUUACACUGGCCAGGCAAUUCUGUAUCUGACAAAUGCAAAAAUUUUAGUCCAGUGCCAAGUAGCUAGGACUGUGAUUUUGUUCCACAGUGAUAUGCUGCGAAGCAGAAGCAGCUAACAGAGUGUAUUUUCUAGUUCAGUGUCUUGGUAGCAGAGAGUCGUUUGGUGUUGCCACACGAUGGCGCUAUUGUGCAUAGGAAAGUAUUUGGUUCUCAGUAUUGCAGAGUUCACACCCUGCUCAGGAGUGGGUGUUGAGGAAAGCCAGCCUGUCAUCUUUCUCCAGACCCUUCGAUUGACCUGUUUGCUCAAGGGUCACAUGUUUCACCUUAUUUGAAUAAGUGUUUGGUCGGAAAGGGCGCAAUUUUCUGCGCUUGGGGAAAAAAAAAUGCACUUAACUGAGGAUUUUAUCUGGGGUAAUCCCUGGAAUAACAGCAAUAUCAGUGCGUAAAAGAAGCUGGAGCCUCCAUCCAGCUGUGACGAGAAGAGGAUUCAAACAUUACAGAAUGUUCUGGUGUGGCUUAAUGUGUUCAGUGUGUACGAUAAAGAAAGGUUUCUGACUAUUUGAGUUUUGAGAAAGCUCGUUGUUGGUAUUGCUCUUUCAGUACUAAGAUUGGGAUAACCCCGGUGAGUCCUACGUGGUGUUCUAGUGAUCAGCGACGGUUGGUUGUCGAUUUUUGAGUGUGUGUGUGUGUGUGUGUGUGUGUGUGUGUGUGUGUGUGUGUGUUUAAAUUAUGGACAGUUUGUGUCCCUGAAGUGUUCUCAGAACGUUAACAUCCGCUUACGGUGAAGUUAACCGGUCUGCAGAAAGGAAAAAAAAAUGUUCAAGUGAAAAGAAGAAAGCACUUGUUUGCGUUCUUUGCCUGACAUCACCUCUCCCUCUUUCUUUCUUCAGACCUUACUGUGGCUGCAUUCUCACUCUGUGAGGUUUUCAAGGAAUAAAGGUUUUUUUCCUGGCA